AGUUAAGGUGACGUAUAUACCAGAACGAGGCAGCGAUUGGUCCAAACCUGAUUCCGGUAGAGGGCAGCCGUCCAACUCAGGACUGAGGGGGAAAAACAGGGACGAAGAACUGUCAGUUUCCCGUAAUAAAGACAGCAUUUCAAUCAGGUUUGGUCAAUAGGUUGUGAGUGUGAUGGCGUCGGGCAGUACGAGCAGUGAGGAGGAGAGGAGUCUGAGGGAGUGUGAGCUGUAUGUGCAGAAACAUAACAUCCAACAGCUGUUGAAGGACUGCAUCGUACAGCUAUGUACCUCCCGGCCGGACAGACCCAUGGCCUUCCUCAGAGAGUACUUCGAGAGGCUGGAGAAGGAGGAGGCUAAGCAGAUCCUACAGCAGCAGAAGUCCAACUCUCGCUCCGACUCCCGUGAGGAUGAGGUGUCUCCUCCCAUGAAUCCCGUGGUGAAGGGGCGGCGGCGGCGCGGUGCCAUCAGCGCCGAGGUCUACACGGAGGAAGACGCCGCCUCCUACGUCAGAAAGGUCAGGGGGGGUCAGCCCUCAGCCAAUCACGCAUCGCUACAGGUUAUUCCUAAAGACUACAAAACGAUGGCCGCCCUGGCUAAAGCCAUUGAGAAGAACGUGCUGUUUGCUCACCUGGACGACAACGAGAGAAGCGACAUCUUUGACGCCAUGUUUUCUGUUACCUACAUCACCGGGGAGACGGUCAUUCAGCAAGGUGACGAGGGAGACAACUUCUACGUCGUUGACCAGGGAGAGAUGGAUGUGUAUGUGAACAAUGAGUGGGUGACCAAUAUUGGGGAGGGGGGCAGCUUUGGCGAGCUAGCCCUGAUCUAUGGGACCCCCAGGGCCGCCACGGUCCGAGCCAAGAGCAACGUCAAACUGUGGGGCAUCGACAGAGACAGUUACAGGAGGAUACUCAUGGGAAGCACUUUGAGAAAGCGGAAGAUGUAUGAGGAAUUCCUCAGCAAGGUGUCCAUUUUAGAGUCUCUGGACAAGUGGGAGAGGCUGACGGUAGCUGAUUCUCUGGAGAACGUUCAGUUUGAAGACGGACAGAAGAUCGUGGUUCAGGGUGAACCUGGAGAUGAGUUCUUCAUCAUCCUGGAGGGUUCAGCGGCUGUGCUCCAGAGACGGUCAGAGAAUGAAGAGUUUGUGGAGGUGGGCAGACUGGGGCCCUCCGACUAUUUUGGUGAGAUCGCCCUGUUGAUGAACCGCCCCCGUGCUGCGACCGUGGUCUCCCGCGGCCCUCUGAAGUGUGUGAAGCUGGACCGCCCGCGGUUCGAACGCGUUCUGGGGCCCUGCUCAGACAUCCUGAAGAGGAACAUUCAGCAGUACAACAGCUUCGUCUCUCUCUCCGUCUGAGUCCCUCCGUUCCUCUAUCUCUCUCUCUCUCUCUCUCUCCGUCCCUCCAUUCUUCUAUCGCUCCAUCUCGCCCUCCUUCGGCUCCUCCCUCUUUUGCCCCACCCCCGGCUCCUCCCUCUUUUGCCCCACCCCCGGCUCCUCCCUCCUUUGCCCCACCCCCUGGCUCCUCCCUCCUUUGCCCCACCCCCUGGCUCCUCCCUCCUUCCUUAACAAUGGGUUCCACCAAUGAUCUGUUUGUUUCCUUCAUGUUUCUACCCCUCCACCCGGGGCUCCUCCCUCCUUCCUUAACAACGGGUUCCACCAAUGAUCUGUUUGUUUCCUUCAUGUUUCUACCCCUCCACCCCUGGCUCCUCCCUCCUCCCUCCCCUUAACAACGGGUUCCACCAAUGAUCUGUUUGUUUCCUUCAUGUUUCUACCCCUCCACCCCUGGCUCCUCCCUCCUCCCUCCCCUUAACAACGGGUUCCACCAAUGAUCUGUUUGUUUCCUUCAUGUUUCUACCCCUCCACCCCUGGCUCCUCCCUCCUCCCUCCCCUUAACAACGGGUUCCACCAAUGAUCUGUUUGUUUCCUUCAUGUUUCUACCCCUCCACCCGGGGCUCCAGAUCACUUGGCUGGGACAUUGUUGUUGAACUGGUGUUAUUGUAUUUUGCUAUGAACCCAGAUUCAUUUGAUUGGACACGUAUGUGAUGAACUCUGUCGGAGGGCACAAUAUUUCUGUAGUAUUUUAAUGUCGACUAUGAAGACAGGAUGAGUUGUCUCUGUCGUGUUCAGACGGCAACAGGUCAGGGAGGGGUCAAAACGUGACCCCGAGAGGGUCUGUUCAGACCCAGGGUUCCAACGGAAUUACAAUGUGGUUCCGUUGGGGUUCCAUUACUGUUCACCCAGAGUUCUCUCUGACACCGGGUCAAAACGAAGACUGCGUCAUGUGUUGAUGAGACACCAUGAGUCUGUCCUGGUUAGGAUCCAGAAUACCUUGUAAUGUCUGGACUAGAGACACCAUGAGUCUGUCCUGGUUAGGAUCCACAAGACCUUGUAAUGUCUGGACUAGAGACGCCAUGAGUCUGUCCUGGUUAGGAUCCAGAAGACCUUGUAAUGUCUGGACUAGAGACACCAUGAGUCUGUCCUGGUUAGGAUCCAGAAUACCUUGUAAUGUCUGGACUAGAGACACCAUGAGGCUGUCCUGGUUAGGAUCCAGAAUACCUUGUAAUGUCUGGACUAGAGACACCAUGAGGCUGUCCUGGUUAGGAUCCAGAAGACCUUGUAAUGUCUGGACUAGAGACACCAUGAGGCUGUCCUGGUUAGGAUCCAGAAGACCUUGUAAUGUCUGGACUAGAGACACCAUGAGUCUGUCCUGGUUAGGAUCCAGAAUACCUUGUAAUGUCUGGACUAGAGACACCAUGAGGCUGUCCUGGUUAGGAUCCACAAGACCUUGUAGUGUCUGGACUAGAGACACCAUGAGUCUGUCCUGGUUAGGAUCCACAAGACCUUGUAAUGUCUGGACUAGAGACACCAUGAGUCUGUCCUGGUUAGGAUCCAGAAUACCUUGUAAUGUCUGGACUAGAGACACCAUGAGGCUGUCCUGGUUAGGAUCCACAAGACCUUGUAGUGUCUGGACUAGAGACACCAUGAGUCUGUCCUGGUUAGGAUCCACAAGACCUUGUAAUGUCUGGACUAGAGACACCACGACUCUGUCCUGGUUAGGAUCCAGAAGACCUUGUAAUGUCUGGACUAGAGACACCACGACUCUGUCCUGGUUAGGAUCCAGAAGACCUUGUAAUGUCUGGACUAGAGACACCAUGAGUCUGUCCUGGUUAGGAUCCAGAAGACCUUGUCAUGUCUGGACUAGAGACACCAUGAGUCUUAGAGAAAUUUUAUUUUGAAUAGAUCUCCACCAAAGGCUGAUCUGUGUUCUGGAAUGUUCUUUGAGGGUACUAAGAAGCUGUGGUUUUUACACCAUGAUGUUGAUUUUGAGGGAGAGUGUCCCGGGUCCAGGGGUGUGGCUGCUCUCUCCCUAUUGGCUGUAGUUUUUACACCAUGAUUUUGAGGGAGGGUGUCCCGGGUCCAGGGGUGUGGCUGCUCUCUCCCUAUUGGAAGUUAUUCUAUUUCUCUACCCCCCCUUUCUCUCUCUUUCCCCUCUUGUUUCCCCCCUUUCUCUCUCUUUCCCCUCUUGUUUCCCCCCUUUCUCUCUCUUGUUUCCCCCCCUUUCUCCCACCCCGGUCGUUGGGAUAGAUCUUAUACGUGUCAUUGUGUCUAGGUGUGUUUAAAAUGCUCCGUUCAGGAAAAGGGAAAACUACUUUUAUUCUACUCUGCCUUUUUACUGCUCACAGAAAGCAGAUCUGGACUGAACAUCGAGUUCCUCUGGCCGGGGUGAUCAGUCUUAAGGGUUAUUCAGUAUUUCACUUCGUGCUUCAUGUGUCCAUUUAGCUUCUAAAUAAGAGGUUUUUUAUAACAGGUGAUGGUUGUGAGGAAAGCAUGUUAUACAACUCGACGUUACUUCAACCUCCUCUAGUUGAAUGGAGAAUGUGGACCGUUCUGAUAUCGACCCUGGUGGGUUUAAUAGUGUUUCAUCCCGUGGAUGGUACAUGUCCAGUGUCACACAUGGCUUCCUAAACACCCCUAUCUUUUUCUAAUGUUUUUGACAUGGGGGCGGUCUGUUUCUGAGAGCAAAUGUUUUUCACCCCUUCGUUGAACUGUUAAGUGACGAGACUGAACCCUCAUUAUAAACUUAUCUUUGAGAAGUGCCUGGUUGAGUUCUAUCGACACUCUCUCUUAGAAUUCACAAUUAGAACCUAAAGCAUUCCGGUUCCACACCGUCAUGGAGUCUCAAUUGUUUUCAAUGUUUGGGGUCUAACCUUUAUCUAACCAUUUUAUAGUUUGAACCAUUCCUGUUGUGUUUUGAAAAACCCAUGUUUUGUUCUAAUCCCAACUACAGUAUAUUGUUGUCAACUGGACAUUUGCCAUUAUUUUUUUUUUUUAGAA